AUGUCUUACAACGCCCCUCCCCGUCACAGCCUUACCGCCGACGAGAACAUGGCCAAGACCGCAACUCCAUCAAACAACUGCAGCAGCAGCAACAACAACAACAUCACCGCUUGCUAUGCGCAAGACGCCCCACAGAGAAAGAUAUACAUCACCUCGCGCAUAGUAGGAGCCUUCAUCGACAUCACUCUGAUCGUACUCAGCGCCGUUGCCUUCAUCAACCUCCCAGACCACGGAAAAUGGCUCAGCUGCACGCUCAGCCCGGCCAUCAACGCCUUUGUCGUCAACUCGAUGGAUUUUGGCUAUCUGGUCGGUGCCAAAAGCCGCUUCUCGCCAAUAUUCCGCAUGUGCUGGGACGGCGGGCUCGUCCUCGGCUUCGGCAUCGCGGCCGGCUUCAUGGCUUCCUACACGGACCGGGAGGCCAAGCUUUCGGCGGACGAGCAGGGGCGUAGCUCCGUCAAUGGUGUCGCUGUCGGUGCGGUCAUUGUAGUGCUCAUGAUACUCGAGCUCUGCAGCCCUUCUUUGGCUGAACGCCAUUCAAUCUUUGCGAGUAACAUUAUCGAUGCAAAUGAGCUUGUAGGUUGCAUCUAUGAGACCACUGUCGGUACCUGUUUCUAUCUCCCAAGACAAAAUAUGUCUUUGGAUCUACAAAACACCAACCCCACCGGGUCGCUGGUGACGCCCUUCUUUUGGUCUUUGGUGGCUGCCGCUGCACCAGCCCUUUUGGUUUUAGUUGUCGCCUUUUACAGGAUUUUUCUUCACCCAUUAGCACAUAUUCCAGGGCCUCGUCUUGCUGCCUUGUCCAAUGUGUGGUAUGCCCGUCAGGUUUGCAGCGGGCGCAUGCUCCAGCUGGGCAAAACCUUGCAUCGCCAGUACGGACCUAUAGUGCGCGUAGGCCCAAACGAGGUAUGGCUAGAUUCGGAGGAAGGGUUCAGGCAGGUUUACAUAUCCACGGCUCUCCAAAAGCCAAAAGUGGACUGGCGACUGCAACCGCACUUCCCAGACACCCUGGACCUCUUGUCGGAAAGAGACAUGCGCCGAUAUCGUCUGCAACGACGUCUGAUCGGUCAGGUCUACCAACCCGCAAACCUCCGCAAGUUUGAGCCGGUCAUCGACGAUGUACUCGACCAGGUUGUCGCUCAAAUCCGUACUUUGGGUGAAGCCGAGGUUGAUCUCAAGGAAUGGAUGCACAUAAUCACCGUCGAAUGUCUUGGUGCCAUUGUCCUUUCAUGGUCUCCAGGCUACCUGCGGGCAAAGUCGGAUUUUGGGUCUGGCAGCUUUAGCUACCUCGGCUGGAAGCGCAAAACAGUUCUUGGGUCUUUUGAGAGACAAUUUGCAAAUUUGUGGGGGUUGACCUUCAAGGCACCCAAGACCCUGAAACACUUUUUCCCAGCAGUACAUCGUAAAGUCAAGCCUCGUCUUGUAAACAUGUCUCGGGAAAAACCCCGCAAAGACGUCCGUAAGGACCUAAUGGCAGACCUCGUACAGCUACACAAAGAAAGGCCGGAAUUCAACAGCACAUAUCUCCAUCGAAUGGCCAUCACGAAUUUCGGCGCAGGCCAUGAGACGACAACCUCGGCACUGACAUCUGUGCUGGCCAUGCUCGGCACCCACCGCGACAUUCAAGCUCAAGUGGCCGAUGAGCUGAUCAAAUCCAGAGCCGCAGAGAAUGAUAUGGGUCCCAAGGAUAGCAGUCCGAGAACGCCGCUUACUUUGGCAGCUAUCAAAGAGGCCCAGCGCUUGUAUCCCGUAAUUGGCAUGGCGCUCCCUCGUCGGGUCCCUGACGGCGGAGUGCGUAUCGGACAUGACUUCCUUGCGGCAGGCACAACUGUUGGGUGCAAUCCCGCAUCUCUCCACCGCAACAAAGAUAUCUUUGGGUCCGACGCUGAUCUAUACAGCCCGGGGCGCUGGCUUAUUGACGACAAAAGAGCCAAGUCCAUGGAACGAUACAACCUGACGUGGGGUGGGGGUGCCCGCACAUGCCCGGGCAAGAACCUCGCCGAGGUAAUUCUAUACAAGACGAUCGCAAGGCUGGUGCAUGACUUUGAAGUAGUUUGCAAAAUACCUCCCGAUGAGGAGAUAUGCUACUAUUUUAUGGCCAUGCUGACAGGGGUCAAGGUGCGAUUUUUGGAGAGAAAGAAGGACGUCGCAUGA